GCUGUUGAUAGUAGCGUCGCUGAAAUAUUUCUCUAGAGCCUAGACGUCAGCUACGUCUUAUCUACUGCGCGCGUUCCUAUAUUUUACAUUUUCAUAAUAUUCCAAAUAUUUACAAUGCCUACGAAUGAAUUUCAAUAUACGAAUGAACGUACAAACUGUUUAAGUUCGAAAACUACUACUCUCUACUCUAAUCCGUCGACUCGUAUUUGUAAUAAUCCCGAUCAAACUUUCCAUCGAAAGUUCAUCCAUAAUUAAUGAAGCGUAGAAUCAUGAUGGUGCGGUGGGGGUUCAACCCAAUUUCAGUGCUCGAGCAGUGCCGAUCAACGACAGACGUUCCUCUUCAUCAGCCAUUAUGCUGUACAAGUUGAUGAACAUUUUUGUGCUGUUCCUCGCGAUACAAAACAAUUCUAGUGCUACGAUUCACCGCAUGGAACAUCACAUAGACAUUCGUCAAUACAAUGCGUCCUAUUACGAUGUGAAAACUGGAAUUGGACUGAAAGCAGAAUUAGAGGAUUCUGGUAGAGAUCCGUUAACUGUUAAGGUUGGAUUUCGAGGUCUUCCCUGUCACUGCGAACAACUUACCUGUAGCUGCUGUACCGGAAUCAAUAUGACAGCGAUCAACUUUAACCGUCGCGCGUGUACCAAAUUCACUUAUGACCCUUCCGAAUUUGCUAUUAAAUUGGCCUUGAGCAUGAACGAGAGAGAAAUCUACACCAACUCUUUUUCCGUUAAAAAUCCACCACCGUUGUGUUCCCCGAUGCCUUACCUGCCUUUUGCGAGCUUUUGCAUUCGUUUCUUCGACAUGUACACCAUAGGGAGAAAUCUUCACGCCUGCAUCGACUUGGAGACACGCAUCGUCGGCUCGCCGAUCUUGAUUUUACAUUUUAACUGUGUCAAAGUGGGGGCUGAUGGCAUUUCCUGGUCAAAACCUGGAAACGAUAGCAAUGCCGUUGUUGCUCUUCAAACGAAACCGGAUGUAAGCGAACUCGAAGAGUACGACCAAGUGGACUUUGAACAACAAGAUCUCGAGGUUUACGUAAACUACACCCAGUCAACGUUAAGCCCCGAACAGGAAGCGUUAAUUGGACAGCUCAAGUUAUGACGGUCGCGCGUCG